UAAGCAGGCCGUUGCUACUUCCUGCGACAGGCGCCAUUUUCGGCGUUGAGGCUGAAUUACAGCAUGCUGUUGUCAAACAGAUAAUAAGAACUAAUUUGACGUAGGCCUUGUUUUUCUGUAUUCGCUGUAAAAAUGGGACGAAAAAAGAAGAAGCAGAUGAAGCCAUGGUGCUGGUACUGCAAUCGAGAUUUUGAUGAUGAAAAGAUCCUCAUUCAGCAUCAAAAGGCAAAACAUUUCAAAUGUCACAUUUGCCAUAAAAAACUAUACACUGGUCCAGGUCUGGCCAUUCAUUGCAUGCAGGUGCAUAAAGAGACAAUCGACAGUGUACCAAAUGCAAUUCCUGGAAGAACAGAUAUCGAGUUGGAGAUCUAUGGUAUGGAAGGGAUUCCAGAGAAAGAUAUGCAAGAAAGGAGACGAACAUUAGCGCAGAAAUCUCAAGACGGAGGGAAGAAAAGGAACCCGGAUGAUUCAGAUGAGGAUGAUGAUGACGAUGAAGCAGGACCGUCAGUGCAGCAGGUGGCUGGAGUCCCGCCUCAGGCAGCCUAUGCUGCACCUAUGGCUCAGCCUGGGAUCCCUACUGUAACCGGUGCAGCGGGGAUGCCUCCAGGUGGAUAUCAAGUUGGAAUGCCUCCAAUGAUGCCAGGUGUUCCUCCCAUGAUGCAUGCCAUGCCCCCUGGUAUGCAUGGAAUGCCUCCGGGGAUGAUGCCAAUGGGUGGAAUGAUGCCUCCCAUGAUGCCAGGCAUGCCUGGUAUGCCCCCAGGAAUGCCACCACAUAUGGCUCCAAGGCCAGGGAUGCCCCACAUGGCCCCUGCUCCAACGGCAGGAGCGAUACCCACACGACCAACGGUACCAGCGGCUCAGCCGGCUGUCACCAAGCCUCUUUUCCCCAGUGCAGCACAGAUGGGCUCUGGUGUUCAAUGCAGCACAGCAGCCGUUUCCUCUCCACCCGCAGACCUUCAGUCUGCCUCCUCUCAGCUUCCCUUUCCUAACACGCCACAAGCCCAGCAAAGUGCUUCAGGAGUCGCUGCAUCCAACUCCCACAGCACGGCAGUCUCCUCCGACCCACCCAAGGCAACAUUCCCUGCAUAUACCCAACCCUCUGUCUCUUCCUCCUCUUCCACUUCCUCAUCUAAUCCAUCUAGCAGUACUGUGGCCAAACCCCCAGCCACAGUGACCACUAAACCUGCUACCCUCACCACCUCGAGUGCAACUAGUAAGUUGAUCCACCCUGAUGAGGAUAUUUCGCUGGAGGAGCUGAGGGCCCAGUUGCCCCGGUACCAGCGUCUGUUAGCAAGGACGGGGCAGGCCCAUGCGGCUGCUCCCCCAGUGGCCGCUGUAGGAGGCAUGAUUGCCCCACAGCAAGGCCUUCCACCACAGCAGCCGGGCAUGAGGCAUCCCAUGCAUGGUCAGUAUGGGGCCCCUCCACAGGGCAUGCCAAGCUACAUGCCUGGAGGGAUGCCUCCGUAUGGGCAGGGUCCUCCUCUGGUUCCUCCUUAUCAGGGAGGCCCCCCACUGGGCAUGAGGCCACCUGUCAUGUCUCCUGCUGGGCGCUACUGAAGCAGCAAAGCAGCCACUACAUUAGGUUUGAGGUUAACACCUUUCUCUCAUCCUUGUACAUUUUCUGACCUAGCUGCAAGCAAAGAGCAGUAAGCCCAGUGGUGGUGAAGACUUAAUUAUUUGUUAGCAACACGUGGACAUUUCAUGUAACCACAGUCCAACACCACACAAGUUCCUGACUGCUUGUUUUGUUAUUUCAUCACUUGUGAAGAUGAAAUUCUUUCCCUCAUAGGUUUCACUCAGGUUCUUAGAGGUGAAGUGUGUUAAAGUGAUUCAUAGUUCUGUUGAAGCUGCUGGACUUACAUGAACGUACCAACCCCUUACAAAGGCAAGUUUACCUUGUAAACCAUUUAUUGGAUUGAAUUUCUUUUUGUAGAUCACUCGAGGCCCUCACAGCAUGUUUAGGUGCUGUUGGACUUGCGUCCCCAACCUUGGUUGGUGAGGGUCUCUGUGAUAAAGAUGAUUCCAACUGUUAUCAAUCUGCAGCUCAUGAGUCUAGCUUUCUUCUUAUUUCAGGCUUGUUUUAAGAUUUUCCUGCUUAAAGGGUACCUGUGUGCAUCCUUUGUAAUGUUUUAUCAAUCUGUUGUAAUAAAAUCCACCUUAAAAAUGCA